ACCCAGUAUCAGGCACACACAGGAGGCCCGGAGUGCCCAGACAUCAUGAAGCUGGGAUUCAUCUGUGCUUUGCUCUCUCUCUUGGCAGGGCACUGCUGGGCAGACACCCGCACCAUUGGGGCCCAAGAAUGUCUUCCCAACUCACAGCCUUGGCAGGCUGGCCUCUUUCACCUCACCCGGCUCUUCUGCGGGGCAACCCUCAUCAGUGACCGCUGGCUGCUCACAGCUGCCCACUGCCAAAAGCGAUAUCUGUGGGUGCGCCUGGGAGAGCAUCACCUCUGGAAAUGGGAGGGUCCAGAGCAGCUGUUCCGGGUCACAGACUUCUUCCCCCACCCUGGGUUCAACACUGACCUCCAUGCCAAUGACCACAAUGAUGACAUCAUGCUAAUCCGUCUGCCUCGGAAGGCACAUCUGAGUCCCGCUGUGCAGCCCCUUAACCUCAGCCAGACCUGCGUCUCUCCAGGCACGCAGUGCCUCAUCUCAGGAUGGGGGGCCGUGUCCAGCCCCAAGGUGAGCUAUCCGGUCACACUGCAGUGUGCCAACAUCAGCAUCCUGGAUACCACACUUUGUCACUUGGCAUAUCCAGGCCACAUCUCGGACAGCAUGCUCUGUGCAGGCCUGUGGGAGGGGGGCCGAGGCUCCUGCCAGGGUGACUCUGGGGGCCCCCUUGUUUGCGAUGGAACCCUGGCGGGAGUGGUGUCUGGAGGUGCAGAACCCUGCUCCAGACCCGGGCGCCCUGCAGUCUAUACCAGUGUGUGUUACUACCGGGACUGGAUCCGAAAAACCAUGGAGGACAACUGAGCCCUCACGCCUCAGACGGCCAGGAGUGGAGGGUGGGAGCGGGGUAGGAGUAGGGGCUUACGGCCAGGCUCCAGCCUCCUUGGCCUCCGCCCUUGAUCUCCAGCUGCUCUCCAGAUGCCCUCUCAGGCUCCUCCCCUGGACACGCAAAGUCAACCGCGACGUAGUCUCGCCCCCUCAAGCGGAACAAGGCUAGGCCUCCAACCCUCACCGUCGGGACUCUAUGUCACCAAGAACAAGCAUCACUCUUCCGGAACAGAGCAACCUGUGGCUCCGCCCCUCUGAACUUUACCCAAUGGGAUUUUCCCUCUGGACUCCGUCCCGCCCCUCUACCAGAGGCCCCGCCCCAAUGGCGUAGCGACUGCUGUGGCUCCGCCCACAUGUAACUCAGGCACUGCGGGUUUCUCCACGCGUGGCCACUCCCUGGGCGUGUCGUGGGUUUGAAUCCCGGCGGGGACGCGACGGGGAGAAUUUGGGGAGAGUCUCGAUCCCGUUGACGCCAAUGGAUGAUUUUACAAUAAACGCGGGGAGCCGCGUCUGUG